AUGGACCCGCAUCGCGAGUCCCAGACGGCCCCCUUCUACGCGGUCCCGGCGCGACGUCUCGUCAGUCUCGAGCAUCCAGCCGUGAUCCGCAACCUAGACAAAGCCAUUGAUACCCUGAAGGGAAAUGCAGGAAUCAGAAAGAUCCUCAAUCCGACCAAAGCAGAUACACCAGCCAGCCUGGUCCUGCGGCCCGAGGAUGCCAUGGCACGGCCAAUCCAGUCGACGAGUUCUGCGUCGAACAACAUCUUGCUGAAAGUCACUGUUCCCAAACGGACGGGCCGGAAGCGCAAGAAGGGCUCUGAUGAGCCAUUUGCAGACGCCGAGCCGAAUGGUGCUGCCGACGAAAAUGAGCUGCCCAGGCGGCGCAGUGCAAGAGAUUUACUUCGCUCUCUUCGCGAUAAUGUCUCGAGCUACGACGUGCAGCCAGUAGGCCGUAUUGAACGAACCCAUGUGUUUCGAGGAAUGCCGGAUUUCGUGUACUCGACAACCGCAAGCUCCUUCACGAACCGGUUUCGAGAGCAGAUUCUACCAUAUGAUUUGGACAAACUGAAGCAAUUCGACAUCGACAUGGGCAAAGGAGCCCUUCGGGACGUGGAUAUCAUCCCACCACCCUCCUUCAGCAGCGGAGAUGUUCCCUUUCCGUACAUUUACCGUCAAAACCCUACCGUCAAAAUAUCCGUCGGCCAAUCCGGCGAGCUGACGACAGUGAACACACAACAACCCGCCAAGAUCGCGACCCAUCUCGUCUCCUAUGACGCGGAAGCGGUCCCAACGACGCCGCACGAGGGCUGUCCUCCCCUGAACACCCUCGACAGCACCUUGCGCAACACAAUCGACGCCCUCAGAGAACUCUUCAACCAGCGACCCGCCUGGACCCGGCGCGCGCUACGCAACUUCCUCACAACCGACGAGCAACGCACCACCCUCAGACAUGCAAUCCCCUAUGUGGGCUACAUCUUCCGCUCCGGGCCCUGGCGCGACGCCAUCAUCAAAUUCGGUGUCGAUCCCCGCUCCUCCCCACAAUAUAGAGACUACCAAACGUUUAUGUUUCGCAUCCUGCCGCGCGACUCCGACGGCGCCCGCGAUGGCGGCGGCGGUCGACGGCAUACCCUCCCACGCACAGAAGCGGGCGUCAACGCCGCGCUCUCAGGCACCCACAUCUUCACAGGCGAGCCACCUCUCCCACGCGACGGCCGCAUCUGGAUGGCCCGCGAUAUCCAGGAUCCGCAGCUCGCCGCAGUGCUCUACCCGCCCACUCCCUCGGACACGUUCUUGCGGUCGACGUGCGAGACAAUCGGCGACGGCUGGUUCGGCAACGGCACCAUCGCCAAAGUGAAGACCAUCAUGCGCGCGAAGAUCCAGGCUUUGAUUGACGGCCAGAAACCCGUCGACGCGGAUUUCCGCCGCGUACUUGCCUUCCCGGACCAUGCGCGCUCCGAGGCCGAUAUGGUGCACUUCACGCUCGAUUCGGACGUGCCGAGUCGCGAGAUGAUGCUUGCUACAGAAAUUCGGGCAGGGAAGGCUAUCGCAACAGGGCGUGGAACUCGGUCUAGGAAGAAGGAUGAGGAUGAGGUUGGCGAGGAGGAGAUUGUACAGAGUGAGAGUGAGGGUGAGGAGGAAGAGAUUGAGCGUGCGGAAAUGCUCGAGGCGCAGGUUGCUGCUGCUGUGGCGAAUAGGGAUGCCAUGGACGAAGAUGCGGAUGGGAGAAUGGACGAUGAUGAGGAUAGUGGUGCGGAGUGA